UUUCAGUAAAAACGCACCCCUGUCACGUCUGGUGCUGUUAGCUCCUCUGUCCCUUCCACACCAAGCUCUAACGGAGGUUCUCAGGUUAACAACUACACUACCCAGAAUGCACCACCCGCUGACAUCACGCAUUCACCUGAUCACGUGACACCUCACCUGCUUCCACCAGGAAGUCCCGAAUACUGAUUACUGGCACUAUAAAGGUGCACGCCAAACAGACUACCACGCCGCGUAUUGUAGGUUAUCCUCGUACAAAGCGUUACUUAUCUCUUGUCUCAGUUUACUUUGUGUAUGACCUUGCUUUUGUUUUCUCGACGCCGAUUUUUGCCUCUGCCUUUGAUAUUGUAUUGUUUGUGUAUGACCUGGACUGUGCUUUCACCACCGCCUCUUGGAUUAUCUCUGAUACUGGAUUACUUGUGUAUGAACUCUGGACUGUCUCUCGUUUAUGUGCAUCAGAGUGGAGUCUGUGGGGGACUGAAGGAGUGGGUUCUACAGCUGUUCUCUAGACUAAAUGAAAAUGCUGCUGAUCUGUGGAGUUCUGUUGAUGUUCACAGGAUCUGCUGUGGGUCUGAUUACUGUAGGUCCUCAGUGCAGAUCUGAUCAGACUUGUGUGUUUUAUGAAGCUCUUGAACAUCCAAUGCACCUGCAGCUGCCUUCUGAGUCUGAAUUAACUCUAAAGAAGAUUGAUGAACGUGUUUCUCAGGUCAUUUUGAAAUGUAAAAAACAAAAGAUCCUAAUACACUUAAACUAUCCAAGAUGGCAGUUUGUUUCAGAACACAGAACCAUGAUAAUAACCAGAGCAGAGAAGAACGAUUCAGGAAGAUACAGAUUAGAGACCUUCGAUUCAGAAGGCACUAACAAAGGUGUUUAUGAUUUCCAUCUGACCAUAGAAGCUGUGGUGUCGUCAGUGGAAGUGAAAUACAGCUGCUUGUCCGGCUUAAACAGGCGUUUGUUCUGUUCGUCUGAUGGAGAUCAGAUCCACUUCAGCUGGACUUUCAGUAGAACCCCAUUUAAACAAAGACUUACUGAUGGGAAUAAGACUCUCCUGCUGGAUAAAGACGAAGUUGUGAAAGUUACCUGCCAUGUAGAGAACCAUGUGAGCCGUGGAAACAAAACCAUUGAAUUGCAUCAGUGCCCUGGAUCAUCUUCAACUGUUGGGAUUUCUGCCACAGAAUCUCCAGUAUCUCCAGCAUUUCCAGAGAGCAAAUGCACAAACUGUGAUAGUGGGUUGAUGGUGUUCGUGUCGGUGUGGCUGUUUGAGGUCAUCAUCCUGGUCUCGCUGUUGGUCGGAGCGUUUUACAUCUACACCAGAAUCUACAGGAAGCAGAGAGCAGCUGAGAGCAAGCAACAGGAGGGGGAGGAGCCUCUGUAGACCAACCAGAACCAAGAGGAGGAGGAGGAGAAGCCCAACACAGUACCAGAGAAACCACCUGACCCGUCCAUUCUGACACACCUUCACAAGUCUGGAGUUUAAAAGGAGAUUAUACACAUUUAUACACACAUUCAAAUCUUCACUGUAGGGAUUACAUGUUACUAUGUGCUAACAGUUUCUGUUAUAGUAGUACCAUGUCUAAUGUUUUCAGUGCAGUCAUAACAUGUUAUUAUCUAUCAACAUACUGUUAAUUGUUUUUGUUUUUUUUUACAGUGUACUAGAAACAUGUUAUACAUUAAAAUAAUCCAGCGAU